AAAAGUCUUCUGCUUUGUAAAUAAAAAGUGAAACAAUUUUUGGAGACUCGUUUUCGGUGCUAGUGCUAUUUCAAGUAAUAGAUUUUGUUAUUAACCUUAACCAUGCCAUUUGGAAUAAAACCUGUUUGUUUUAAAUGCGAUAUCAACAUAUCAGAGAUAUGGCAAAAAAACAACGAAGGAAAUACAGUUUGCAGCGAAUGCUUUCAAGGGAAACUGACAACCACCGUGAAAACAGAAUCUAUUGUUAUAGAAAAGGCGCCUUCACCAGAAAUAAAAUUUCAAGAAGAAGAUGCUUAUAAUGAAACUAUUGAAGUGGAUGAUGUUGUUGUGGAUGAACUUGUGGAUGAUAUAAAGCCACGUAAUGAAUUUGGCCCAGGGACAAGGUCAGGAAACACAACUUUAAACAGUAGAGGUGGACGCACAGGAACAAAAAAGACACGUGGAAGAAGCAAGAAACUAGGAACUGCCAAUAAAGCAACAGUUGGCAAAGGACGUGGAAGAAGAGCUGUUUUCAAGAAACAGCUACCAUCUAAAGCCCCCACUGUUGCUUCUACCUCUUUUACAAGUGGGCAUUUGUUUCAUCAUGAUAUUUAUUAUCAAGUGGGGGACAUAGUUUCAGUCACAGAUGAAGAUGAUGGAGUUUAUUAUGCACAAAUUCGUGGGCUUCUGCAAGACCAAUUUUGUGAAAAAAGUGCUGUAUUAACUUGGCUCAUCCCAACUCAAAGUUCACCACCUCCAGAUGUGGGAUUUGAUCCACAGACAUAUAUUUUAGGUCCUGAAGAAGAAUUGCCACGUAAGCUGGAUUAUCUUGAUUUCGUAAUGCAUGCGCCGAAUGAAUAUUACAAACUGGAUGAAAAUGUUCGAGUGUCCAGUGAAAAAGAAGCUGGCUAUAUUUGGACAAGUAUGGGUGCCGUACGAAGAACUAUUCAUUCAUGAAAAAUUCCACCAGGAUCAUCCGUUUAUAGUAGAAUAGAAAGACCAAGGCAGCCGGCUCUUUUGUUCUUUGUGUCUUUUAAUGCCAUUACAGAUUCGUUUGUAAAACAAUUCCAUCAUUUCUAAAGUUUGUAACUAAAAAUAUUUGUCACAUGUUCUGCUACCUCACUGAAAUUCGGAGGAAAAGUAAAUUAAAUUGUUUGAUCUGUUUUAA